GCUCGGCACCGCCACCCUCCCUGUUUGCCGAGCUUAAUGAUUAAACAGCCGCUCCCCUUAAUCUCCGUGACAGCGGCGUCCACUCCGGACGGGAGCCAUUUUAACACAGUCCCUUCUUCUCCUGGAUGUCCCGUUUGUCACCAGACGGAUAUAGCAUGAGCUCUGUAGAUGUGCCUAUCAAGAAGAGCUCAGAGGAAGACUGGAACCAGGGACGAGUGUCUGGCCGACUUGAUGACCUGGACGACUCUCCUUCAGCGCUGAGUGGCACCCUGUACAGUGUACCCCUACACCACAAUGAUUUCAGUGACACCACCAGCUUACCCUCAGCGGAGCAGAUAGAGGAGCAGGGGGGAAAGGGGUGGAAGAAGUUCCUCCCACCUGUAUGGGGGGGUCUUCUUGGGAGGUGGAGGAGUCAUACGACAUGGUCAGGCUCCCAGAGGGUGGUAAUCCUCCCCAACGGGACUCGUGUGAGCCCUCCUGUCAGUCCCCUGCCAGGCCGCCGGUACCAGGGUGUCAGUGAGUCCCCGAACUCCCACAGACCGCUGUUGGACAGCACCCCCGCCGGCUCGUCCCAGAACGAGGCCUUGUACCAGGAUGCUCAGGUGUCGGCGGCCGAGUGCUACGCGGAGAAACUGGAAGUGUACCAGCUGAAAUACUCCUACAUGAAGUCAUGGCCUGGCUUGCUAAGGUUGCUCGCUGGCUUGCAGCUUCUCUUUGGGGGCGUGGUGCUGGCUUGCGUUUGCGCCUACGUCCAGAAGGACAGCGAGUGGAACAACUUCUAUAACCUUGGGGGCUUCCCCAGCUACGCGGCCUCGGGCUAUUACUACCGGGGACCCAUGACCAUGUUUGUGCUGGCGGUAGCUGGCGUGGCCUGGCUGGUCACCGUGAUCCUGCUCGUCCUGGGCCUCACCAUGUACUAUCGCACCAUCCUGCUGGACUCGCAGUGGUGGCCGCUGACGGAGGCCGUGCUCAACCUGGUAGUCUUCGUGCUCUACAUGGCAGCGGGCGCGGUCUAUCUGAACGACCUGAACCGCGGUGGGCUCUGCUACAUGACCCCAGGCUUCAACCCGCUGAUGUCUGCCCUGUGCCGCGUGGAAGGCGGCCAGAUGGCUGGGACGGCCUUCAUCUUCAUCAACAUGCUGACCUACCUCAUCAGCUUUCUGGUGUGCCUCAAAAUGUGGCGGCACGAGGCAGCGAGGCUGCGGAGGGAGGCCCUGGGGGCUGAGCCCCGCCCUGCCCCCAUUUAUGAGGCAUCCCACCUCGUCCAGGACCGGAGCCAACUCAGGGUGGCCACAUCCGGGCAGGGGGAACACAGAGGCGGUUCUCUGAGGGUCAGCAAGAGGAUCCAUUUUGCCGAGGAGGGGGAGGACCCUGGCAAGCUGAGCCGGUCCAUUCCCACGGGACACGUCCCCAAGCCUCAAGUGGUGGCCGACUACAUCAUAAAGUAUCCCACCAUCCGCUCCCUGGAGGACCGUGAACAGUACAAGGCCGUCUUCAAUGACCAGUACACCGAGUACAAGCAGCUACACGAGGAGGUCAACGCCACGCUGAGCAAGUUCAGUGAACUGGACCGGACCAUGGGCAGACUCCUCACUGACAUCAGGAGUCCCGAGGAUCAGGAGAGAGUUUCCCGGCUCAUAAAGCAGUACAAGGAGAAAAAAUAUGAUCCCUCAUUUUUGGAGAAAAAGGAACGAUGUGAGUACCUGAAGGCCAAACUGAACCAUAUCAAGGGCCGCAUUCAGGAUUUUGACAGGAGCGGGGGCGGGCAUUACACCAGCCACACUGGGUACCGGUCCCCAUACAUGGACUUUGGAAUCCUGAGUCCUUCAUGGGAGUUUCUAGCACCUAGGAGUGGGGGGGGUCCUGGGCCGUACUACGCACACGAGAGGCCACAGUAUUUCUACUACUGGCUGUCGCCCCCCGGGGUAGUCAGAGCCAUGGAAUGCGUGGUGGCCGCCCUCUGCUUCAUUGUCUUCAUCUGCGUGGCCUCCACGCUGGUGUGGGACAUCAAUUUUAGUUUCCCUGCGACGGGGGCCUACGGUGGGGGGCUCGGGACGGGAUACUACAGCAGCGCCCAUUCUCAGUUUGGCGCCUACCCAAGCCCCAACGCUGCUAAGGUGACCAUGAUGACCACGGUCGCCUUGAACUUCCUGGUGUCCAUCGGCAUCCUGGUGUUCAGCUACGUCCGAGCAUCCAACUUCCGGGGACGCUGCUUCUACCUGCUGGUGGUGGUGGUGGAUUCAGUCCUGGCCUUCCUCCAGGGCGUCAUCAGCAUCAUCUAUGUCAUCAGCAUCAACCCCAUGUCACAGAGCUCACAGAGCAUACUCUAUAACCCUAUUGUGAUGAUGUGUAACAGCUUGUACUCCGGCAACUCUGCGGGAGCCGUUGGGGCCUUUCCUGUCAAUAACCAGCACCUCUACCACUACUGUUUCAUAGACCCACAAGAGGUGGUGGCCACUGUCUGCGGCUUCCUGGCAGUCGUGGCGUUGACCAUCGCUGCCUGCUUUGCCCAGAAGACACGAGGAAAGAUCUGGCGCCAUGGAAAGCAUAACAUCUACUGGGACCGGCCCCGUAGCAAGGCCUCCGGGGCCCGGGAUGUUGAAGACUGGGUCAACAACAUCGAAGGGGAGCCCAGCGUACGAACGGGUCCGACCGUGCUGCUGUCUGAGAAGCCCCCCACCCCCCAGCUCGUCACCGGGCCUGACAGUGUCUCCAGUGGGCGGAACAACCCCAAGGACGGUUGUGUAGAGGUGACCCCUCCCACCAAGCUAAUUGUCCAGACCAGUGGCAAUUGGGUCAGCUCCAUCCCCUCCGAGGAGUCCGGGGCACCUCCCCCACAGAGGACCCCGGUCCACACCCCAGGGCCUAGCGAGUCACAAUACGAAACUGGCUAUGCGAGUGGGGGGGACAGCGGCCCAGAAGCGGACACUCCGCUGUGGCACAGCAUGUACCCUGAGAUCACGUCGGCCAGCCAGCGCCAGGAGUAUAAGAGGGUGUUCGACUCAGACUUGCGGACUUACCAGCAGCUGUGCGCCCAGCUGGACCAUAUCAACGGCCCAAUGAGCCAACUGGCCCGUGAGCUGGACCUGCUGUCAGAUGGAGCCCCAGAGCACCAGGCCCUGGAAGAAGAGUACAAUAGGCUGAAGGAACUGAAAAUGGCACCGGAGUAUCAGACCCAGAAGUGUCAAUGCCGGGAGCUACGCUGCAAACUCAUCCACAUCAAGCGGCAAGUGAAGAAUUUUGAUGCAUGCCUCUGAGACCGACUCCCCCGCAGAUUUCAGAUAGGAGUCCUCCUCGGCCCAGCCCUCUGAGAUGGCCAGCAUGCUCCCUGACCACCGGGGCCGGUCCGGCACGAUGCCAUGUCCUCCACUUCGGGGCUCACCUGCAUCUGUCAGGCUGCCUGCAUUGUUGUUGUUGUGGGAAGUGUGCAGGCCUUGCACAACGCAGCAGUAAUGCUAUUAGGUGUUGUUCUAGUGCCAAAGUCCCUCAUCCCCAUUUUCUAGUAAACAAGAUGGGCGGAAUUCUUUUCCUCUUCUUCCAGGAGUUAAAUCCAGUUGAGUGGCUCACUUAUGGUCCAAAUGCUCCGUAAUGGUUGUUAUCUGGGGCUGAAGUGUUGCUAUCAGUGUGUUACGGGGCUGAUCUUUUAUACAGCGCUCCGAGCUCAUUCUGAGCUCUUUUACACUUCAGUAUUUCUCAUUAUGUCACGGAGCCCGUGCCUGGUUUCCAACACAUUGUGAGUCUGGCACAUAUAGUGUUUGUGCUCUUAAUGGUUGCCUUAUGGAGCUGAUGCUGUUGUGUGUGUCUGUUAUUGGAUAAAUGGAGUUGACAUUUGGAGCUGCACUCCCUUCCAGGCCGGCACAUGUAACAGAGGCCAUGGCCCUAAUCAAGCCUGCAUCUUUAUGACCGUGCUGCAAAGCUCAUGCAACCUCUUAGAAAUGCUUGGUGCUGCACUGCACUGUAGGCUUGACACAUUCUAAGUUCACUCAGCAGCCCAAGCAGCUAUAUUUUUUCAAGUUCAACAUGGAGUUGAUGCAGUGGUGGAUCCUGGCAAGGAGAAGAUAGGCAGGGAAGAUUUCUUUUUCUCCUCAGGGAGCUGAUGUACUAAAGCAAGCAGCGUUAGUGUUUUAGAGGUGAUGUGAACAAUAGCUUAGCUUACAUCUUUAUUUUAAUGUAUCAAAUUACAGAGCUCACGUGCUAGUUUAUCCCCAAAUAUAAUGUACAUUAUGGGGUUGGUACACAGUCAAAGAUGUAACUAAAAUUGCAUUGACCCCAAGCAUGCAUAUUUUUGUGUUUUACAGUAGAGGUUAUUUUGAAUUUAAAUGAAUUUCUGUGUUUUCAUUGUAUCAUGGAACGGAUCCACAAUUCUAAGCAUGCAUUUUCAUUUGACAUCCUGGGCAACAAAAGCAUUUUAAAGCAUUUUAUGUAUGCAGUUAUGUUAAGAUUUCAAAAGGCAUUUUUAAAAUAUAAAAAAUGCGUUACGAAGUAACACACCAGUUUGAGCACAAUUUUAAAAAUUGCGUAAAACAGCCAUCAUGGCAUUCAAAGUAUGCAUUUUAUUGUAUUACAAAAUUGACAUGCCACACCAAGAUUGCAUUUUUAUUUCAUAAUGUUAUAGAGUUGACACACUCAGCAAAGAACACUUUUUUGUAUUGCGUUAUGAAAUGAUGCACCAUGCAAAGCAUGCGGGGUUUUUUGUAUUAAGUUACAGAGUUGACAUACUUCUCAAAGAUUGCAAUUUAUUUUAUUCCAUGAAACACACAACACGAAGCAUGCAUUUUAUUGCAUUACAGAGUCAAUGCCCUAUGCAAAACAUGCAAUUUUAUCAAAUCACAGAGCUGAAGUCCCCACAUAAAGCAUGCAUUGUGUUUUAUUGUUGAUAUAAUCAACUAGGUCUGUAAUAUUAUUACAUUUCAGGCUGUGUGUAGCAUGUCAAAUCUGUAAGGCAAUGAAGUUGCAUGCUGGGUGUGCCACAUCAAUUCGAUAACAGGAUAAAAUAAAAAUGCAUGCUGUCAGUGGCACGUAAAUUGAGUAACAGGAUAAAGUCAAACUGCAUGUAGUACUUGGUAUAGCACAUCAACUCCAUAACGUGAUAAAGUAAAAAUUUGUGAUUUUUGUAGCAUGCUAAGCCAUCAUGCAAAUUUUUUAAGUGUGACUGCUCGAUGUGGCAUGUCAACUCAGUAAAAUGCGUAAUAUAGAAUCGUAGAGCUCAUUUUGACUGCAUUACAUUGUGUCAAAGUUCUGUGCAUUGUCCUUGUACAUUGCCCUUGGGGCAUUAGCCAGAUAUCACAUUGGUAAGGAAAAACUCCACAGAAGGAAGAAGCCUUGUAAGGAACCAGACUCAAAGGAGGAGCCCAUCUUCCAGGGGCUGACAAAUGAAGUCCGAAAUAAACAAAGGCUCAAUUCAUAAACCAGAAUACCAGGCAUGAGGAAUCCGACCAGCACCCCAACAGCACAUGGGGCACGUGAAGCCAGAGUUACAGCACUGGCCACCCAGUUCUACACCCCACACUAUAACUCUAGCUGAGGGUGAAAAUUUGCUAUCAGCUUUGUCACCAUAUCUUAGACUAAACAAGUGACUUAUUAGCCUUGACUUAAACAGCAGUAGGGAGUCUCAGUCUCUGACCUUUGCUGGUUGACUAUUCUAUAACAUGAAGCGCAGUAACAAAACACUUUGCAACCGCAUGACGAUCGUUCCACUCCAGGCACCGCCAGGAAGCCCCUUGAGGAUGAAGCAGACGGGGGAGUGGGGGGGUUGGGGGUAAUAUGGAACCAGUACACUACUAAUGUACUCUGGUGCCAGACCAUUCAUUGCUUUAUUUGUUAGCCAUAGCACCCUGUAGUCUAUGCGCAAACCUAACCGGAAGCCAAUGGAGCGAUGCCAAUGCAGGGCUAAUAUGCUGACAUUUGUUUGUCCUUGUUAGGAACACUUACUGAAGCGCUCGGCACCAACUGAAGUUUAUUUGAUAAUGCAGAGGUUCACCUAACCAAUAGGGUGUCGCAUUAGUACAGUCUAGAAGUUAUAAAGGUGUGUGCUACCUUUUCUGCAUGUUUAAGUGAAGUUUUGAAACAUCGCUCAAAUGGAAGAAAGCUGUUUUGACCACGUCAUUUCCAUGAGCAUGCAGAGACAAGGCCGAGUCAAUAGAGACACCAAGGCUUUUAAGCAAUGGGCUUACAUUGUCUAGGCAGCUGUCAAGCUUUAUGAUAUCAGCAACACCCCGGGCUGCCCUGGGGCCCAGUAGUAAGACCUCUGUUUUGUCAGGAUUUAACAGAAGGAAGUUACUGGCCACCCAGCCCCUAACUUGAACCACGCAUUUCUCAGUCUUUGAAAAAUGGCGGAAGCUCACCUGUUUUAACAGAUAUGUACAGCUCUGUGUCACCUGCAUAAACACUAUGUUUCCUAAUAAAAUAAUCAAGAGACAACAUGUACAAGGUGAACAGUAUUAGACCCAGGACAGAACCUUGUGGGACACCAUACCUCGUUUUGUUGGAUUCAUAGGAUUCAUUGCUCGCUUGAACAAAUUGGUGACGGUUAGUUAGAUAUAAGCAGAAGUAGGACGGUACCUGCCCAUUAACACCAACCAAAUACUUCAGCCUUGCCAAUAAAAUGUAAAAUCUCAUGGUCAGCAGUAUCAAAUACUGCACUUAGAUCCAGCAGAACCAACAGGGAUACGCAACCAUCAGCAGCCAUAAGCCAUUCAUUCGUGACUCUCACUAGUGUAGUUCCAGUGCUGGGAUUUGGACUAAACCUUGACUGGAACAUCUCAUUAAUAAAUAGCUGACUAGCAACUACAUUUUCACAGAUUUUAGAUUUUAUAAAUAAAUGGAAGGUUAGAAAUAGGUCUGUAAUUAUCCAAAUCAACUGGAUGUAGAUUUGGCUUCUUGAGGACAGAUCUGGCAACAGCAACCUCGAGCGGACACCUCAAGCUUAAGGAUGAGUCUAUCAUAUUAAGUAGUGUGCUGAUUAUUAGUGGUGCAGUGUCCUUUAACAGCUUUGAUAUCAGGCAUGUCAUCAAACAAACUGGUUGUGGGUUUCAUUGAAGUUGUAGUAUAGUUUUAGUACAUCAGAUUGAGUUAUCACAGUGAAUUUGAGUACAGUAUUUAGUCAUCGCAGAGUCAGAAGUCUGAAUAUCACGAGCCGUCGAUGUAACUCUCCAGAUCGUCUCCCUAAAUGUUAAUAAUUUUGUUAAAUGCAAUAAAAUCAUUGCUGCUAUUUAUCACUGGAACUUGCGAGUCCAAUGAUGCAUGAUCCCUUGUCAGACAUGACGUGGCUCCAAAUAGGAAUCUGGGAUUGUUUUUGUGGUUUUCUAUCAGCCUGGACAGGUAUGCGGAGCUGGCCCUAGUUAGGACAUGCCUGUAUGUUAAAACCCUUUCUUUUUAAACCACUUACAUUCAGACUUAAGUGUGCUUGCUUAAGCUCACACGCUUUGUCUGUACAACCAAGGUAUGUAUUUCUUGUCUAUCAGUCAUUUUUGUUUUAGUGGAGCCGCAUAGUCAAGACUGCUACAAAAUGCCUGCUCAACCAUUUGGAAUUCGAGUUCCACUUCAGCCUCAAUAGUGGCCUCAUCUAAUGUGUGUAAAGUGUGCAGACGUUUGUAGGCAAGACCUGCAGUAGUCAACGGACUGAUCAAACGAUUAAAGUAAUGCUCCAGAAACUACAAUGGUCUUUGUUUGAAUCUCAAAUAGUGGGAGAAGUUCCACAUGUUCCCCAGCUAAGAACCAAAUGUAAAAUAUGGUUAAACAAAUGAUGCAUAAAACCAACAGAAUCGAGGUUGGAGGCUUUUCUGACAGGAUCAGUAUCAUUUCCCAUCUGGAUAUUUAAUUCCCAACAAUGACAACUUCAUCUAUAUAUAUGAUCAAGCUUGUAAAGAAAUCAGUGAAUUCCUUUAUGAAGUCACUGUAAGGGC